AUGUCUCUGAACGGUCAUAGAAAUGAUGUUACAGCGAAUUACGAUUCUGGACACGGAAAAUCCAAGAAGAAAGACCGAAACGACUUUGAUUUCAACUCCGAUACGAGACCUCUGCAACAAGACGAAACACACAAUAGACAACCGUCCAAACGAAAAUCGCGCAGCCUACUGGCAACGAAAGGGACGGUGCGGAAUAUACAGGAACAGCCUCUACUGAUUCCACGGUCACCUAGUGAUUUGAGAUCAUCGGGAAGACACGAGAAGCCCAAGAAAGCAAGCUUCCAGUUUUAUUCCCCCGGCGCAGAUUCGGAAACAGAUGUCGACAGCGAUUAUACGGAUCGAUACAUCACUAAAGCUCGCUUCAAAAAGCCUCGAUCAUCGCCAUCAACAUACGGGAGUAACGGUAACGAGAGUGAAGCUUCUAUGAGAAGUAGUAAGUCUAAUAAAUCAGAGGACGAUUAUAGAUAUCUAUGUAAUAACGAUCGUAGAGGCCGCUUCAAAACGGCCCGAUUAUCGCCGCCAACGAGUGAUUCUAGGAAUAGCAGUGCAAGAUCAAUUUCAUCUGUUAAAGAAGCCGUGGAAGUUUCGUUCUCUAGACCCGAAUUUAAUAAAACGAAGAAUGAUGUUGGACCAAGAAGAAGAGGCAUCUUGACGAAUGGUGGCCAAAAACCUCAGGGACAAACGGCAUUACCUGAAGAUGCUACUGAUUGCGAAGACAAUCGAUCAAAAAGAACUAAGAAAGAUCGCCCCUUGAAAGAAAUAGACAGAAAUCAAAAUGUAUACAAUGCGCUCGUAUAUCGGGCCGGAGGACAACUCCCCGUUGAUCUUGGGCCAAGCAAAAGGCCACCAAUACGAAAGCCACUUCCCAAUCCAUCACAAGAACAGCCUGUCAGACAAGCACCAGAACCUCCAAAACUACCAGACCGUCCCAAGCUUCCAGACCGUCCAAGCGACCGACCCAUGGUUUCUAGGAAACAUACAUCACACACGGGAUCGGAGGAAUCGGAGAACAAGAAGGGGAGGGAAUUAAAGAAUGUGAAAAUGCCAGAGAAGUUUAGCUUCAGUAAAGUUUUCCGUAGCAUAGGGCGUGGACGUCGAUCUCACAAGAAGGAAUCCAGACUCAGUGAGAUCGAAUAG